UCCCAGAGUUGAUCGAGUAAACUUAUAUCGACUAAAAUUGGUGCUAACAAAUUUUUAUAACGAAAAAUAAUUUAACAUUAAAUAAACAUACACAACUAUAUCCUAUUAUCUAAAUAAAACAGACUAAAAACCUAACUAUAAGAUAUACAACUGAGAUAACUAAAUUUUUAUUAUAAUAUAAAAGAGCUGAUCAGAUAUACAUAAAAGAAAGAUCAAUAAAAAAAACGGAAUAAAAAAUUUUAAAUUUGAGAUUUAGUAAUGAUUGUUUAAAAAAGCUGAAAAAAAUUGUGCUGCAAUGGACAUGUAAGUUUUGAAUGUUAUUAGAGAAGCAUUAAAUUAGGUGCCUAUAAAAAAUUAGUACAGAACGAUUUUCUAGACUUAGAUAUACAUUAUUAUAUAUAAAUGUUACAUAUUGCACUGAAUUUAACGAAUGUUUUGAGAAUAUUUAGUAUUUGUGGGGCCAAUAUCGAAUAGUGUGACUAUUUGUGAAUAUUUAAUAAUAACGAUAUACCUAAUUAGUCGUGAUCCCAAUUUGUAUAUAAUUUAAUCUCUCUCUAAGAGACCUUCUAAAUAACGUCAUUUCUUAAGAUUUACAGGACAGGGUAAGAGACGAACUAAUGCCAACGAUAUGGACUACCACCCUCCAGGCUUGCCGGGUAGUACCAGGGUGGUACUUAACCACUUGGAUGUAUCUACGCAGGCCAAUAUUCAACAUAGCGCCCUGAACUACGAAUCAGAAGACGAAAUGAUGGGCAGACUCCACAAAGAUAAAGACAAACGCAACACGGCUCAUUACAAUCGAGAAGAUAUCAGGGAGCAGUACUGCAUCACUGAUAGGGGACUGGGAGCCUUAGAAACCAAGCAAAGCCUAUUCGGAUGCCUAUCCGCGCACCAAGGCUCGUGUUCUAACCGAGGAUCAUUGCUGACGGCUUGCGUCAGGCAAAAAGUUCCUUCCGACGAAAAUUUGUACGAUUUGUACAAGAGGCAUCCUUCCGAAUAUGCCCCGUACCCUAGAAGAAGCAGAUACCCCUGGGGUCCUGUUAUAUCUGAUAUCUACCACUACGAUGAAGAUCUAAAGUCUUCUUAUUUCAGAAGGAAACCCAUUAUUGAUCCUAGUCGCUAUACUUGGAUGCCGUCUGAUGAUGAGUCCGUUAGAAUGGAGAAACCUAAGUCUAUUAUUGAAAACAAUUGCCACGAUCGAGUCACUAAUUCUUCUUCUGUCAUAUUACCAGGGAAAAAGCAUGUGAGUUUCGCAAGAUCUCACACGUUGGCUUCUUUUGAUAACGCUUUGUCUUCAUUGAGCUAUUCUACGGGACAUUUAAAUAAAAUAACAAACAGUCAAGAAAGAUUGUUGGACGUUCGGAAACCUGAAAUCCAACCUAUUAUUACUAAGCAACCGGAACAACAAGAUAUGUUUUGCGAGAAAAUCAAAAGAGUGUCCAUGAAAACACAAGCUACACAGACAGAAGUGGGUCUAGGAAGAAAACCGUUACCACCACAUAUAAAUUUAAGUCCAAGAACCAUGCAAAAGGUAAAAAUGGUUUCCCAAGGAGCUCAAACCAACGGUUUUCUAACCAACGGCAGAAAACUAAUCAAAUCCUUCUCAGAAGCCGGAAAUAAGUUCGGAAUAUCUCCAAUAAACGGCGAAAUAAACUCUUUCGAACCAAUUCCUGAUCACGAACCUCUCCAAAGGACGCAAUCCGAUGAACCGCCACGAUCACCAUUCAUCGUAGACAAGCCACCCUCCUUUUCCAACCCAGAACGUCUUCUACCUCCAGACAGCGAAACUUCUUCCAUGACAAAAUCCGAUCACGAAUCAGAGGACUCCACCGAAUCUAAAAAAGAAAUUUUUAUAGAUUUCAAACCUCAGGUGUCUCCUACUAAGGAGAAGAUAUCUAAAAGAACCUUGAUGAAGGCCCUGUCUGACGGGGAGAUACUUUUGGAGCAGAGGAGAGUCAGGAUUACUGAUGAUUCUGUGGUACCGGAAAAGUCGAUUCAUUCGAUUAGCCAUGAUAACAUCAAUAACGAGGAAGAUCAGGAUAGAACGUUUACUCCUUACUUCCAGAAGACUCCCAUUCAAAACGAGGGUGUCUGUAAACCUUUGGAGGACAACAUAUAUUCUUCAGUUGAUAACGGAAUGUACGGUCAAGAUUCUAUCGAUGAAGAUUUUCACGAAAAUUUGAUUUACAAUAAAACUUAUUUGAACAGGGAAUAUAACGACGAGCAGAGGAUCAACAUGGAAACCUGGUUGAAAGACGAUUCUAUAGUACCUUCCAUCAGUUUUUUGCCACACGCUAAGUUAUCACCGUUUACUUCAAAUGAUUCUUUAGCCAAUGACGUCAGAGACCAAUCGGACGGUAUCUGGAACGAAUCCCAGGCUACUGUCCUCCAAGCGGACUCCGGUACUGAUAACGGGACGGUACUGAGCAGUUCAGAAAUAUAUUCAGCCACAUCGCCGGUAUCUGGCGCCACCUUAGCCUUAACCCCAUCCUCGAAAAGGAAACACAUGCUUAUGAUGCAACACCAACAGAGAUCUUCCAUGGAUACCGAGAUCCUAGACGAAGAAAUUGCGGACCAAAAUAUAACCCUUCCAAGGAAGGUCGUACCUUCGAAAACGAUCGAGCCUCCCAGUACUCUGUUUCCUCGGCAAUAUCUAUCUGUUGAGAAUCCGGUACCUAUCAGAAAAAAAAUAACGCCUGAAACGCCUAUUGGAUCCCCUCUUCCAGCUGUCGUACCUGAUUUGUUACUUUCUAGAACCGAUUCUUGUAGAACUAACACCGACGUAUCUGAAAGUACCACUACUGAUGAUUAUAUCACUGCCAAUUCUGGUACGGAUAGCUCUAGAAAGAGUGGUUCAAACAAGGGUACCGAGCUGUACGCGAACCUAUCCCACCUGAACGACGGUUCCAGUCUGGAAAGCGCCCGCGGUUUGGACCUCCUGGGCGACGACAUGGUGGUACCAUCGUUCUCCCCUCCGGCCUCGAUCGCGGGGGAUUCCCAUAGCCUCUGCAAUACCCCAGUGCCUCAAAUCCGCACCGGCCGAUCCACUCCGUCCGAAGACACGAGCUCCUCGUGUGGAAGUUACAGCGUUGGUUCCACACCCGAUCUGCUGGACAGAUUUACUGAAUCAGUGCCUUCAAGAAAAAAAAAAGUCGUCUGUCCCGCAGUGUCUGAUGAUGAACGCAGCGUACGUUAUUCAUCGUCAGGGUAUUACGAGUCACCCAUGGAAGAUGACACCACCUGGACCUCCCCAAAAACCGACAAACACCGGAGGUACAACAAAGACUUCACCUUAGAAUUAUCAAACAACCCCAAAUCAUAUCUAGAAACAUACUCUAUUUUGAACAAUUCCAAAUCAAACAAACGCAAUAUCAAAGCCUCUCCGUCAUCAGAAAAACCGAAACGAUCGAAACCCAGGAUGCGCAGCCCCAUGCAAGGGAGCAGAAAAAGCAGCCAGCUGAAGAAAUACCCGCACGUUCAUUCGGCUGAGAAAGAGAACAAGGCCACGUCGGAUGAAUCAAGUUGCGAUAUCGGCGGAAAACAUCUCAAUAAUCAAAAUUCGCCGAAACGAAGCAAAAAGAACAAGGAGAAUAAUAAGAAAAAGUCCAUGCCGAGGUCGCCUGUGGGCCAAAGAAAUAACGCUGAUAAAAAAUCGUCUAGUUUGCCGAGCAGUUUGUCCAGAAAGAAAUCUUCUAAGCCAUCACCGAGAACUUCUUUAGUUCCUGAUAACGUUCCAGUUGACAAAAAAAACUGCUUUUGCAGUUCCAUUGGCUCUCCGUCUUCCUUACAACGACAUAGCCCUAAAAAAGUGGAAGACGCCACUAAACUAAAAGCUCUCUCUGCCGAAUCCUUGCGCUCUGUUAGUCCAGGAAGCGAUAGCGUCUUCUACAGCGAUCCUAGCAGCCAAACGGUGGACCACCAAGUUCAUUGUCUCCAUUGCGGUAAAGAGGUGGACAUCGUGACAACCGACGACCCAGAUAAGAGCAUAAGCAGUCUAGAAAAUCAGGAAGAGAUUGUGCAGCCACCAGCGGGGUUCGAGGAUUCACCGAGGAUAAAGGCUAGUGGACGAUUGUUUAAGAAAUUGGAAAGGCGAAUAAGGUCGGAGGAGAGGAAUUAUUUGGAGAAUAAGAAAAAUCGGUAUAAAACUGAGGUUAGAGCUAAGUCAGAAGAGCGUGGAGCAAACACUUACCGAAACAAAUUGCGACCCAUGGCGAAAUCAACCAACAGCAGCCAAGAGCAGCUGAAAUCGACAGAUUCUAGUCCCAGCGUUCUUCCUGGUGCUCCUGAAAAUGAAGACGAUACCGGUAUAUACGAUGUGCCUUAUUUAGAGGGUUGUUGGAUACAUAUUGAUGAGAGGGACGAAGUUAUAUCGAGAACUUCUUGCUCUAGUCCAAGUGAUAAACCGUCUCGAAAAGAUUCGUUUUCCAGUACAGAAUCGGAACAAGAAUUUCGAAAAAAGUUUCAAGCCGUGACACAUCGAAUGGUUCAUCGAAAAUCUUGUCUAGAAAUGUACAAACGUCAAAAUAAUAAGUCAUUUGAUUGCGAUAAGACUGUCGUGGUGCACAGAGAGUCUGGUGAAUUCGGUUUUAGAAUACACGGUUCGAAGCCCGUAGUGGUAUCUGCCAUAGAACCGGGAACUCCAGCUGAAACAUCAGGCUUAGAGGUGGGAGAUAUCGUUCUAUCAGUCAAUGGAGUAAGUGUGCUCGACAAAAAUCACUCAGAGAUCGUCAAAAUGGCUCAUGCUGGUAGCGACACGCUCAAAAUGGAGGUUGCCAGAACUUGCUAUGCGCUUAGUCCACAAAAAGAGGAGGAUACUUCUAAAAUAAUAUUUAGCGGUUAUCUUUGGAAAUUGAGCGGGUACGCCAGCGGUAGUUCAAGUAACAGAUGGCUGAGGCGAUGGUUUUGUUUGAAACAAAAUGGCUGCCUUUAUUGUUAUAAAACUGACAUGGAUAAACACCCUGUAGAUGUUAUGAUGCUGCAAGACCAAGAAAUCCAACGAGUAGAUGCCGACCAAGAGAAUAUUUCCAAACCCCACGUAUUCGUAGUUCAAAAGCAUGACGGUGUUCCCUUAUACCUAGCCGCAGAAUCAAUUAGUUUAGAGGAAAAAUGGAUAGAGGAGAUGAACAAAUUAAUGCAGGAUAACAAACUUUUAAUGGACGGUUUUUUGGAAAGGACGAAGUGCAAUCUGACGAUGUCUCCUUGUUCGAUUAAAGAGCCCGACUGUUUUGGGUAUUUAGUUAAACUGGGAACGCAAUGGAAGAGUUGGAGUCGAAGAUAUUGCAUUUUGAAAGACGCCUGUCUUUAUUUUUAUCAGGAUGCUAAUGCGAAGAGUGCUUUUGGAGUGGCUUAUUUACAUGGUUAUAGAGUACAACAAUAUUUGUCUGGGACAAAAAAGUACGCUUUUGAAAUCAUACCAUCAGAUUCCAGUAAAAAGCAUUAUUAUUUUCAUACAGAUUCGGAUGCUGACAAAAAACGAUGGAUAGCAGCAUUAGAAUAUUCGAUAGACAAAUGGAUGAAAAUUUAAUGACGAUACAAAACUUAGAUAAUAUUUUAUGAAGAAUUUGAAAGAAAGACUACCGUGACCACACACACCAAAAUAUAUUUGAAUUAAAACUAGCAUUUUAUUGAUUGAAUAAUAAAGUAUUACUUUGUAA